UCAUACAAACAAACGCUCAGCUAGCUCCCUUUACUGCAUUAUAACUGUAUUCUUUACACAUUGUAUUCUACUUUAAUUCUUGUUGCUACAAGUAAAUAUGUAUUUCUGGUUUCUCCAUACACAAAGUAUCUAUAACUUCCCCAGUUUGUAUGUCAGCUGAGUUGCUCACUGAAAAUAUGAAUCUCUCUCUCGAGGUCAGAGAUGUAACUUGCAUGUAAAAGUCAAAUGCAGGGCGGAUGUAAAUUUGUUUGCCGGUUGGUUCAUGUACCCAGAUAAAAUAAACACUGUUUAUUUGUGUUUAAUUAUAACUGAAUGGGCACAUUAUUGAAUCUCUGCUGGAACAUUCACUUAAAACCAGGCAGCUGUCAAUAAAAAAGAAAAGAAAAAAAAAUGUGCAUAUUCAAAGCAAAAGGAUUUUUUUUUUUUUUUUUUUUUUAUAAUCAUGAGUCGUUUUAUGAUUGAAAGCUUUUUUUUUCUUUUUUUUUUUUCUUUCUCAGCAGUUAUUUUUAUUUGCCUCUAACUAGGUUAUGAGAGGAUGUUGGAAUUGCCUGUGUGUGUUGUUGACUAGGACCUGGUGGUGGUGUCGUUGUGGCGACCCGCCAUGGAGGAUCUGGUGUGUUCUCUAUGGCAGGACACCGACCCGUAUUUCGUCAACUUUAAGCUGUUCCUCACCUACUGGCUACUCUCUUCUUCUUCCAACAGGGAUGAGUCCAUGUCGGUCGCCGACACUCACAUCCACGACCAGAUGGCUCUACCGGCGCUACCACCGCCACUACCCAUGUCCAUGUCAGCCGCGGCUCUACAGCAGCAGCAACAACAGCCACCGCUGCAGCAGAUGCCGGCAACGUCGUCGGUAGGGACGCCGGAGAAGAAUCAUCUGUGUACGACGUGUGCGAAGGCAUUCCGCAGCAAACAGCAGCUCAACCAACACAGCCUGGUGCAUACUGGGAUACGCAAGCACGACUGUGCGUACUGCGACAAGUCUUUCAAACAGCUGUCUCACCUGCAGCAGCAUAUACGAAUACACACAGGAGAGACCCCUGAAAAGUCCCACAUGUGCCCCACGUGCCUGAAGGGAUUUCGAAGCAAACCACAGCUGAACCAACACAACCUGGUGCAUUCUGGGGUACGGAAACACGACUGUCCGUACUGCGACAAAUGUUUCAAACAACUGUCUCACCUUCAGCAACACAUCCGGAUACACACAGGAGAAAAGCCCUACAAGUGCGCUAUAGAUGGAUGUGAUCGGGCGUUUGCUCAGCUGUCAAAUCUGCAUCAUCACCUACGUAACCAUGACGACCAGGUGAAGAAGGCAGAGACUCGACUCUACAAGUGUGUCAUCUGUCAUCGCAGCUACACAAACGACAGUAGUCUGAAGACGCACACUCUAAAGAUGCAUAUCCACAUAAAGCCUAUCGACGUGCUGGCGGAGAUGAACUCUGGCGUGAGACCGAGCAGCGACAAACAGAAGUUCUUCGGGACAUCCACACUGCAGUCGGAGCUGGGGGCCGAUGGCCUGCUACUUCCCCAGGUGCUGGGUCUGCAGAAGGCCAGCGGCCUGGCCGACUUCCAAUCCAGCAGGGUGUCGCAGAACCUCGACCGGGGAGUCGUGCGCGUCCCCAGUAUCACCGUCUGUCAGAAGAUAAUCCGGGAGGAGUGCAUCGAGCUGGACGAGAAUGGGGAUGUUAUAAAUGUGACCGUCGACCACCGCAAACUGCCACAGACGGAGAUCAUUCACAACGGAAAUCAUCACAAAGUGACGUGCGAAUCUCAGACAGCAGUGAUGAACGAUAGCGGUGGUGGCGGCGCUCGGAGCCUGGUCGACAAACAGUUGAUGCUGAGCGCGGACAGUUCCCACGGUAGUAGUGUCGGCGGCGGAGGCGGUAGUAACAAUAACAACAAUAACAGCACGCGGCCCGGUUUGUUGUCAUCGCCGGUUUCGCCACCUUCACACGAGAACCACUUGUCACAGCUCCAUCACCAUCACCAGCAGAACAUGCAGCUGUCGCCCUCGUCUGAUAAAAACAGCCUGAGUCAGAGGUCACACCCGCAGUCGAUAGUGGGGGGUAUCAUCACAUCAUCAGCAGCAUCUUCAUCGUCGUCCAUCGUUCCCGGGGCAGACAGUAUUGCCACAUCGCAGAACAGUCGCUUUGCGUACCUCGACCAGCGGGGUAUCCCCGAGUCGUAUCUCAUGUCGAUGGACGCGACGCUGCGGAGGAACGCGUUCCCCAUUCCGCUGAGUCGCGCAGCCGUCGGCAUGGAACACUUGCAGGGGGCCUCGCCCGCACACCGGCCCCUAGACGGACACGAUUUCUAUGGAGCACACCUGCCACGUUUGCCGCUGGCGACUCAUAUGCAUCUGUCGACAUCACCAUCAAGGAUGGGGGAGUCGAGAACAUUUACAACACUCGGUAACUGAGACUGUUGCAGUUACAACAACUUUCUCUGUAACUGAAACUAUAAUGGUUACAACAACCCUUGGUAACUGAAACUAUAAUGGUUAUAUCUAUUUAUAACUGAAACUGUAAACGUUAUAACUAUUUGUAACUGAAAUUUUAACGGUUAUAACUAUUUGUAACUGAAACUGUAACGGUUAUAACUAUUUGUAACUGAAACUGUAAUGGUUAUAACUAUUUGUAACUGAAACUGUAACGGUUAUAACUAUUUGUAACUGAACAUUUAUGAACCUUUAUGUUCAUUGGUAACAAUUACAACCAUUGAUAACUUGACCUGCAGUUACAACCAUUAGUAACUAAGACGGUUACAACCAUUAGUAACUUGACUGACAGUUACAACCAUUAGUAACUUGACUGACAGUUACAACCAUUAGUAACUAAAACAGUUACAAACAUUAAUAACUUGACUGACAGUUACAACCAUUAGUGACUGAGACAGUUACGACCAUUAGUAACUGACGUACUAAAUAGUGACAUACAAAACGUAGCUAAUUCAGACUGAUCGAUACAAUCAUUAAUUACUGAAAUUGUGACAUUUACAAUCCUCACAUCCUGAGAGUGUCACAGUUACAACCCUCUGUAACUAAGACUAUGAGUGUGACUGUUUAACCACUUGGUAAUUGAGGCUGACGUUUACAACCAUUGGCAAUCGAGUCUGUAAUAUUUACGGCCUUUGUUUACUUGAACCACGUCAGGUUCAGUCCUUCAUAAUUAACACUGACUUUUACAUCUCUUGUAUUAGCCUAGUGUUAUUGUCUGUUACAACCCAUGGUAUCAACAUGUAAAACUGACUUUUACAACUACAUGUAUUGGUAAAGCCGCAUUCUCAUUAAACAAUUUGUCACAU